AUGUUUGGGUUUUCGAGGAGAAGAAUGAAGCUUGGCAGACUAAAGGUUCAACUUUCUGACACUGCUCAAGGAACUAGAAGUCCUAUAAGGCCCACAAAACGAUUUGGCAGUUCAAAUGUAGAAGGUGCUGCAGCAAGUGCUGAAAGCGAUGAACUCAUUUGCCAUUCUUCAUCCACCGCGCCAGAGCUUAAUAGUUGCACUUCCGGCAGUUCUGAAAAUUGGAUGGUGCUUUCAAUCAGUGGGGAAAAGCCUACACCUCGUUUCAAUCAUGGAGCGACUGUCAUUGGGAACAAGAUGGUGAUUGUUGGUGGUGAAUCUGGAAAUGGUUUGCUGGAAGAUGUUCAGGUGCUGAGUUUUGAUCGAUUUUCAUGGACCAAGGCUUCAUCAAAGCUUUACCUUUCACCCACUAGUCUACCGCUAAAGAUUCCAGCAUGCAAAGGUCACACCUUGGUACCGUGGGGGAAGAAGGUUCUUCUAAUUGGAGGCAAAACUGAACCUGUUAGUGACAGAGUGUCAGUAUGGGCAUUUGACAUGGAAGCAGAAUGUUGGUCAUUAAUUGAAGCAAAAGGAGACAUCCCGGUUGCGCGUAGUGGUCAUACUGUGGUUAGAGCAAACUCUGCUCUUAUUCUCUUUGGAGGUGAAGAUUCUAGGAGGAGGAAACUCAAUGAUCUGCAUAUGUUUGAUCUGAAAUCUCUAAUGUGGCUUCCUCUUCAUUGCACGGGACCAAAACCCUCGGCAAGAUCAAACCACAUUGCUGCUCUUUAUAAUGACAAAAUGCUUCUCGUUUUUGGUGGGGCAUCUAAGUCGAGAACGCUGAAUGACAUGUACUCACUUGACUUUGAGGCGAUGGUAUGGUCCAGAAUUAAAACACGAGGUUUCCAUCCGUCCCCUAGAGCCGGUUGUUGUGGAGCACUUUGUGGAACGAAGUGGUAUAUCACGGGUGGUGGUAGCAAGAAAAAACGGCCUGCAGAGACCUUGAUUUUUGAUGUGCUGAAAUUCGAAUGGUCAAUUGCCGUUGCUUCACCUCCCUCUUCCAUCACUACCAGCAAGGGUUUUAGCCUUGUUCUUGUGCAGCAUAAGGAAAGAGAUUUUCUUGUUGCAUUUGGUGGUACCAAGAAAGAUCCGUCCAACCAGGUAGAGGUACUUAUCAUGGAAAAGGUUGAAUCAUCCCUAGUACGGAGAUCAACUUUGAGCAAAGUUGCUGGAACAUUGUUGCCUGAGAAAAAUUGGUCAGCCUCUCAGCAAGGGAAUGCUUCUCUCGGUGGUCAUUUUGAUUCUGUGUCCAGGCAAAAUUUAGCAUCCGCAAUUGAACAACAUGGAUCUGGUAGAAGAUCUUUGUCCGAGUCUUUACUUGUUGACCCAAACUCCGGUCCCAGUAAUGUCUCCCUCCGCAAACAAUUCUACAAUGAGGAGACUCCUGAUGUGAACACCACAAAGAGCUCCGAGGAUAAAAGUUCUUUCAGGAUAAUGGACAAAAACACAAAGCCUCCCGAUUCUGCUGUUGACGCAAACCAAACUGAUGGAAAUGCAGAUGAAACACCCAGCACAGCGGAAUCUGACAAAUCAAACCUCGACAAGCAAGAAAGUGAAAGCUCACAGUUAGAAGGUGAAAACCCCGCAUUCCAAGAAAUCGAUGAUAAAGUGAGAAUGAUAAUGCCUUCAGGUGCCUAUCAGAUAUAUGAAGCCAAGUUAGCCAGUCUUUUACGGAAGAAUGGCAUUCUGGAAGGGCAGCUGGCGUCUGCAUUAUCUGCCCGUGAAUCAGCAGAAAAAAACUUGUCGUCUGCUGUUAAAAGAAGACAGGAAAUGGAGCAGAAAUUGGGGGACAGCUUGAAGGAAAUAGAGUUGCUCAAAGAGAAGCUGACAAGUGUUGAGCUGGCACAGGAGGAGGCCAAUAGCCUCUCGAAUAUCGUCCACUCGGACAAUGUGAGGCUCGAGCAUGACGUGGCUUUCCUCAAGGCUGUUCUUGACGACACGCAAAAGGAGCUUCAUUCGACCAGGGGAGUCCUGGCCGGUGAGCGUGCACGGGCAUUCCAAUUACAGGUCGAAGUUUUCCAUCUGAAACAGAGAUUGCAGUCCUUGGAGACUCGAGCGCCAACGCCAAGGAAACCUUUCCACGUUUAG